AUGGAUGCCUGGCUCUGGCGUUGCGCUGCCCUUUCCGACAGCGAAACGACCACUCUCCUCGGGGACAGGCUGUUGCACGAAAGAGAACACCGGGACAGUUCGGUGAUGAGGAGAAGAGAGGUCGGGACGUUUACCCCGUACGCGGUGCGAAAAACGGUGUUUCUCUUCGUGGGGAACCUUGUGGAUGGGACGGACCCUACCAAAGUGGAGGGCCGCGGACUAGCACGAGAUGUCCCAGAUGAAGGGUACCUGGGACGGUGA